AUGGCACCAAGAGCAGAAAAAAAGCCAGCCUCCAAGGCUCCAGCUAAGAAGACCACCAUCGAGCCAAAGAAGAGAACUAAGACCAGAAAGGAGACAUGGUCCUCUUAUAUCUACAAGGUGUUGAAGCAGACCCACCCAGAUACCGGUAUUUCGCAAAGAGCCAUGUCUAUUAUGAAUUCUUUCGUCAACGAUAUCUUUGAGAGAAUCGCUACUGAGGCUUCAAAAUUGGCUGCUUAUAACAAGAAGUCUACCAUUUCCGCCAGAGAGAUUCAGACGGCUGUCAGAUUGAUAUUGCCAGGAGAAUUGGCUAAGCACGCUGUUUCUGAGGGUACCAGAGCUGUUACUAAGUAUACUUCUUCUACUUCUGCUUAA